AUGUACCAUCUUGGUGCCAGAGCACCUCUCUGCGCCUUCUUGGUCCCCAAAGCGAACUAUGUGCCUUCUUGGUCCCAGAGCACCUCUCUGCGCCUUCUUGGUCCCAAAGCGAACUAUGUGCCUUCUUGGUCCCAGAGCACCUCUCUGCGCCUUCUUGGUCCCAAAGCGAACUAUGUGCCUUCUUGGUCCCAGAGCACCGCUCUGCGCCCUUCUGGUCCCCAAAACGAACUAUGCGCCUUCUUGGUCCCAGAGCACCUCUCUGAGCCUUCUUGGUCCCAAAGCGAACUAUGUGCCUUCUUGGUCCCAGAGCACCACUCUGCGCCUUCUUGGUCCCAAAGCGAACUAUGUGCCUUCUUGGUCCCAGAGCACCUCUCUGCGCCGUCUUGGUCCCAAAGCGAACUAUGCGCCUUCUUGGUCCCAGAGCACCUCUCUGAGCCUUCUUGGUCCCAAAGCGAACUAUGUGCCUUCUUGGUCCCAGAGCACCUCUCUGCGCCUUCUUGGUCACAGAGCACCUCUCUGCGCCUUCUUGGAACCAAAGAGAACUAUGUGCCUUCUUGGUCCCAGAGCACCUCUCUGCGCCUUCUUGGUCCCCAAAGCGAACUAUGUCCCUUCUUGGUCCCAGAGCACCUCUCUGUGCCUUCUUGGUCCCAAAGCGAACUAUGUGCCUUCUUGGUCCCAGAGCACCUCUCUGCGCCUUCUUGGUCCCAAAAGCGAACUAUGUGCCUUCUUGGUCCUAGAGCACAUCUCUGCGCCUACUUGGUCCCAAAGCGAACUAUGUGCCUUCGUGGUCCCCAGAGCACCUCUCUGCCCUUCUUGGUCCCAAAGCGAACUAUGUGCCUUCUUGGUCCCAGAGCACCUCUCUGCGCCUUCUUGGUCCCCAAAGCGAACUAUGUGCCUUCUUGGUCCCAGAGCACCUCUCUGCGCCUUCUUGGUCCCAAAGGAACUAUGUGCCUUCUUGGUCCCAGAGCACCUCUCUGCGCCUUCUUGGUCCCAAAAACAAACUAUGUGCCUUCUGGUCCCAGAGCACCUCUCUGCGCCUUCUUGGUCCCAAAGCGAACUAUGUGCCUUCUUGGUCCCAGAGCACCUCUCUCAGCCUUCUUGGUCCCCCAAAGCCGAACUACGCGCCUUCUUGGUCCCAGAGCACCUCUCUGA